AUGAAUAUGAUAUUGUUCGAGCUCUAUCCAAGGCUAAAAUCGGAGAAAUAUAUUGCGUUUUGCAGGUUUAUUUGCGAUUUAAGCCCCUACAAUACUUUCGAGCAGUUACGUUCUCAGAUGAUUUUGGUAUGCCAAUGGCUGCUCACCGAACGAUUUUUGGACUGUGCACAGCUGGGACGAGAUUUAGUGCUAUCCUUGAUGAGGGUUUCGAAAAUACCUGCAUUUGUGGCGAUCUGGAAGCAGCUUCUUUAUACACCUAAUAAAUUAGGGCUUGCCGUAGGAGUGGAAGAACUGAUGAGUCGACCCUGUCCACAUACAUUUCCACUUUUUCGUAUGUCGGUAGCGAUACAGCGAAAAUUGGAAUUCAUGUUCACGAAGGUGAAGCCCGGCCUACACGAGCGACAUUUGGAAUGGUUCAAAAAACAGUAUUUAUCGAGUCAAGAUGCUGGUAAUCUUCGUGUAGAGCUGAUCCGUUCAGCGAUAUUUCUCUCCUGUGGUGAAGCUUUGCAAACGGGCCAUGAAAUGAAAGCAAUUUUCAUUGCCUCAAUGUUUCCGCAAACAAAUAAUGUGGUCGAGCAGCAGUGGAAGCCCGCGUUUCAUGUACUGCGUCAUUUAUUGCAUGUGCAACCGUUGCUUGCUAAUUCUGUUGUUGAUUUUAUGAUCCGAAUAUGUACCGAAUUGCAUCCACCACUGCAGCAACGGCUAGUGAAUUCAGUAACAAAUUCGUUCAAAUUUCUCAUCGAUCAUAAUGUUUUAGGCAAAAUCACUAACACGACAAGCACACAUCAUACUGUUGGUGAUAUAAAAUUUUACAGGUCACCAUUUGUAAUAUCCGAUAGUCCGGUGCUCCAGAAAAGUGUACGAGAAGCUUUUCGUGAUACUUUUCGAGGUCUGUUCCGGCCAGUAACUUUUAUGAAUCACUUUUUUUUUUCAGAUCCUGGAGAAGUAGCAGUAGUAGCAACAGAUGUAGAACCCGCGCCAAGCGAAACAAGUGCAGCAGUAACGGAGGAUACGCCAACAACAGAACUAUCACAAACCGAAGGUGGUGCUGGUGAUUCUGUUGAUGAUGAAUACGGACUGUCAUGUGAGGAAAAAGUAAUGACAUUAUUGGCAGCAGUUAAGGAAGAAUUUCGUGAACCAAUCGAGAAUUUAUCAAAUGCAAGAAAGGCGGACACUGAUACAAGAUGUGAACUGAUGCAGAAACUGCUUUCCACCAUUUUUGACAAUGUAAGUUUACAGAUGAAGGAUACUUUAUCUUGUUCAGCUGGACCAUUCCAUUUCAGUGGGAGUCUUCUUUUUUUUUGUUUUGCUUGAUC